AUGAUUUUUCGAGUUCGUGAUCCUCCAAAUACUUCUACUCAUCAACCGUUAUCUCGCAAACCCUCAGAAAGUCGAUCCAGUCCUUCACCAACGCCCUCAGAAUCGGACAACGAAUCAGUCGGGGGUGUGAAAGUCGAUCCCCUCCAAGUUCCCUCCCGAAGACGCCAAGAAGGUCUCCAAACUCGUGUGAGCUACAUUGAGUCAGGAGAAGACCCCUUUGAAGAAAUAGUCAUUCGAGCUGAAACCUACUUUCCCAGCUUGACUAACAUAGUUCGAGAUCCUGCCAGCAGCUACAUUGUAGAACAGACUACCUACGAGACCCAGCCUCUUAUCAAACCUUCACUUCCCCCUUCUGUACCACGACCAACCGCCCAACCCCGAAGACAAUUAACUAGAAGUGCAUCAGCUACUCGCCCAAAUCCUUUUAACACACCACCAGCAGAGACGAAAAGAAGAACAGAGGAAGAACUUGAUAGACGCAUCAUGAUGUAUUCCCGUUCACGUCGAAACUCCUUCUCUUUUUAUAGCCAGCCAAGUUACCAAGGGGGAAAUCCUUAUCAACAGGGACCACCGCCAAUGCAAUAUGGAGGUAACUAUUAUUCUCAACAACAACAGCAAGUCAAUACUAUCCAACCCCAGCAGCAGCAACAGCAAGAUGUGGACGAGAGGACAACUUACGACUACCGUGAUUUUCAAGCAGCCAGACAGAUUUUUGAACAACGAUCAACUAUGAGUAAACCACAACCGACUCAACCACCUGUGCCUCGAAAUCAUCUUCAUCGUCUUGAGUUGAGACCACAGAAUUCCAUCGCGAGUACAAAUGAACCGACAGAAAGUGUUUUCAGCGGAGGAGGCUGUACUGCCGGACCUAUAUGUCCCUUGAAUAGUUUGCCUCAACCGGCCCCUCGUUUUCAACAUAUGUUUAAUCAUCCUCCACCACCAUCUCAAAUGAACACCCAUGAGACUUCUACUGCUGGCGCGAUUGUGAAACGAGAACCGCGGAACCCUUUCACUGGUGGAUGUGGAUGUGGACCGGGAGCAGGAUGUGGUGCCCUUCCGGAUACACCGAUCCACCGAGAUCAGGGCAACCCUCGUGAGGCUAUUAAAAGGUUCCUUGUUUCAGAAGAGGUCGGCCCGGGUGGUGUUAAAAGUGUCUUCAGCUUUCCAGGUGGUAUGGAACCUAGCGAUUUAACUCUUCUACGAGCUGCAAUUUCAGCUAAUGCACCAAAGGACGCCUUUAUUCCAGAAGAGAAUGAUGACUUGGAAGAACAACUCAACCACCAGUUAGAGAAGACUUGUAUGGAUCCCAGAAGUAUUCAGAUGAUCCAUGAACAAACGCCAAUACAGCAACCUCAACAAUCUAAUCAUCCUCAGCCACCACCCCCACCAAAUCAGCCUAUGUAUACAGUCAGUCGUGCAAUGGGGGCGAGUAUGAAUAAUGGUAAUAUCUUGCACAUGACUGUUCAGCAUCAUCAGAGGCCUAGCAUUUCGAAAAAUGGACCUCGACAACCGCAGGAGGUUCAAGAAAGUGCCAGGAAUGAAAAUCCUCUUGAAACAUUUAUGAUGAACGGGAUCACAAAUUCAUUUGUCGGACCAAAUAGUGCGGUACAGGCUCAAGGUUCAGCCACUUAUCCUAUGUGUAUGCAUCACCAUCAUCAGCACCAACAAGCUGACACUGGAAGUAAUGCUGCAGACAAUUGGCAAUUCGCUGGACCGCAACAACCGCAAGGGUUUGGAGGCAACUAUCCUACUUUCACGACCUUCAACUCUACACGAUUUGAUCCAGUGCCAAUGGGAAGUGGAGGAGGUGGAAGAAAUCAGACCCAGCAAUCAAACACCGACAGUCGAUUUAUGAUGGGUUAA